CUAUACAACUUUACAAGAAAGAAAGUCUCUUUCAAAGCCUUUAGAAUUUCUGAACAAGCUUACCUCAAGGAUCAAGAUAAAGCAAUCUCCAUGACAUACUCAAGAUCUCGUCCGAGGAUUCAUACCCCAGAUGUCAAAAAUCAAGGCAAAGAACGGCAGAAUCCAAACGUUUGGCAUCUUGAAACUGGCUCAACUUUGAAACUGGCGAUAUCUGGUAGAUUCACUGCCGACGUCAAAGGCAGUGCAAUACCCUUGAUAAAGGUAACUAUUAAGCGACGCCCCCAUUAUCCUACCUCCUUCAGAGGAUCUUCGCCUCCUUUCUUUUCUUUUUUCUCCUUUCAAUCACAAUCAUUAAACAACAAUCAUUAACAACAACAGAACAACUACCCACAAUCAAACGCAAUGGUAUCUGAGGCCUCUGGAGCUAUCAGUCCUUUGACAAAGAGCAACACAGGAUUUGCUGACCACGAAGACAUUUAUCCUAUCAUUCAUUCUGCACCCAUCACUCCCAUUCAAGAGACUCUCCUUAAUUCUCCUUUUGAUUCCAAAUUCGGAGAUGUUGAUGGAUACCAAGGUGAUUCCGAGGAAUCCCUUGAUCCUGAGCUCAUCCAAACCAACAUGGUUCAUCCCUUGGACGUCCCAAAUUUUGACUCUUCCUUUCUUAUGGAAGUUGAUCCUACACCAGUACCUGACUCAAAUUUCCCAAUCUCUGGCUCACAUUCAAACCCUUCAGAUAAUCACUAUGACCCAACCACCGAGCUAUCUGAACAUCUUUCUCUUCCAAAGCAUUCCAAUCAUUUUCCGGUCGAUAAUGGUGGAGCCCCUUCAUCCGACCGAGUCACAACCCGGUGUGGCUCGACCAGCUUCCACAAGCCGCACAAACACGCCAAUUUUGUUGACCCCAUGCAUGCACAAGCGCAUCUCAAGCAUGUUGCCGUAUUUUGUUGUCAAAUUCCGGAUUGUGUGAAGGAGCCAAAGUCUAAUUUCAAGUAUGCCAUUCGACAAUUCAUUUUACAUUAUUCUCGACCAACAAUUGCUGAGCCAUUGUAUGGUGGUCCUAGAGCAAAUGUUCUCCCACAGUCAGAAAAUCCAGACUUUCGCAUUCCCAUGCUUCUUCUUUCAGGAGGUAGGGUUUAUCGAGCUGAAAAGUUGGGAGAUGAUCCGGUCGUACGGAUUUUUGUUGGUGAUAUAAACCGCAAGAAAUACUGGGAGAUUUUACCAGGAGGAAUAGUUGAGCAACUGGGAUGGAUUGGUGAGCUCAGAGAUACGGUAGCUGGUGCGGAAAGAACCAGUAUCUGGAAGUGCAAGACUCAUGGACAUGUUUGGAGUGUCCGUGUCUUGGAUCAUAUCUUUGAUGAUGGUACUGGCAACUCUGGUUCACCUCCUACGAGCACCACAGAUUAUGACAGUGGCUACGCUAGUUCUUCUGGUCAGGUGGGAGCUUCGCCAAGGAAGAGAAGAUCAACAUAUGGCGACAAUAAUGCAACUCUUAACAUGCAUUCCUACCCACCCAGCAACUUUGCUGUUCGUCACGACCGUAAUGAGAAAAUCCCUAUUCGUACCCGCCAUCAUGGUCAGGCAGUCACUGUCCGUGACCACAAGAGCGGUGCCAAGAAUCUGAGCGGCAACCAUGAUUCCCUGGGACAAAUUGAGGAGCUGGGAUUUGAGGACUUUGAGAUGGCCGGUGAUAUUACUGAACUUCUCACGGAUAGUGACUUUACCAGUGGUGGCGAAUUUCUUCCAGCUCAUGGUUCCAUGUGGGAUGAUGAGCUUCUCGAUGAAGUCAACCUGUUUAAUUCCGAUGAGCUCAGCUCUGAGCAUCUCAUCGAACACGACUUUUACGCUAUUUGA